AUGUAUCAUAAAGUAUUGCAACCGAGGACUAUCAGAUAUGGAUUUCAGUUUAGGGGCAUUUCUAACAGAGCUGCCAAAAGCUUACAAUGGUCUUCAAUCUUAGAUCCUAAAACUAAUGAGAAUGUUGCCCUAUCACAACUAAAGAAAAAUAUAUCUAAGUUGGCUGAAAACAGCAACAGUAAUGUACUCAAUGCAGCAGCUAAUGCUAUCCUCGAGAAACUGUUCCAAGUUGCUGAGAAGAAGUUAAAAAUACAAAAAUGUUCAGUUAAGGACCUUCGUACGUUUAUACUACAGAGAAGGAUCAAUAAUAACGAUUUACAUUUGGCUCUCAAGGAGCUAACAAGUCAAAAGCUCCCAGUAAACGUAUCAGUACCUAAUAAGGUUUCCCAGAAUAUUGCUACUGACAUAAGGACAAAGAGGGACCAACUUUCGUUAGUCUUUCAUCCUCAUGAUGCCGAUCAUUUGGAGAGUAUCAUAAAAACAUUAUUACAAUAUAAUAUGUCUGAAGAGGAAUUGUAUCAGUUAGUGAACCUGAUCUUGAAAGAAAAGCCACUACUUAACACAGGUAAGGGUCUUGGUAAGAUGCCCCGAAACAGCAUCAACAUCAAUGAUUUAAAACACUAUUUAGACAAACUUCGAAACCAAGAAAACCAAAGAAAUGCAAUGAAAAAAAUAGAAAAGAAAAGAUACAAUUGGAUGCAAGCCAGAGAUGACCUAAAAUUUUCUAAUUCUGAGCUCCUUUUUCCAAAAGAGAAAAGACGUCGGGGUUUCGUUCAAAGAAUGAUACAACGAUACUCCACGCCACUUGGUGUUAGCGAAGCAAUAGCACAUACCAGGCUUAGUAAUGGCGAACCUAAGGACUUUAUGAUCUUCAAUAUCGGUGAUCAUUCGAAGACAGUAAAUUCUGUGAGAAUAAAUGACUCUAUCUUUAAUGUGAAUUACCAGGACUUGUAUGGGGUUAUAAAUUCUUCUAUUCUUCCGCCGGAUGAGACACUUUCAAUAAUUAAUGACUUGGCUACAGAAAAUUGGAAGCUUGUGGGUACCUUUUACGAUGAUAGUCAACAACUGAUAUUUCAGAGGAAAAAGGACCCUACAGAUCAGGAUAUGAAAUUUAACAAGAUAACAGUUUCUUGGGGAAUACUUGCAUUGGUAAUGCUCGCUGGAGGCUCAUACUAUUCAACCAGAAGACCUGCAACCGAGAAAACGUAG